AAGUACUAGGCUUACAAAGAAUAAGUCCUGGUGUCGAUUUGCUCGACUAAAAGGUGGUGCUCCAGCAUGGCCACAGUAAAUGACUGAAACAAGUAAAAGAGUCAAGAGUAAGAGUAUUAGGAAAUGCAUUCUGCUGUAGAAAAGCCAAAUCAGACAAGGGAAACUGGUGCAACUCAUGGCUUUGUCAGCUCUGGUCAACCUAUCCAACAUAUGCCUGUAUGGAACACAGACAUUAAAUUUUGAGGAAGAAAGCAUGUAUAGUGUGGUGUUAUGGGCUGUGAUGAGCUAUGUGGUGUUGGUGGAGAGGAUUGCAGAUGAGGUAGACAGAAGUGAAGACUGCAGGGGCCGGAGGAACAGCCACGGGGCAUGCAUGGGCAGGAAGUUCAAGGAGAGACAGCAGCGUGCAAGGACAUGUUCAUUUCUUGACAGUGAUUGCUCAUCCCGCCUAGGUCAACAGUUCGCCAUUGUCACAUCAACAGAGACAUUAAGGCUGCACAGUAGCAGUCGACAAGAAUAUCACAACAUUUGACGUUAAGGAAAUCUCUCCAUUCAGAAUUGUCUUUGAUAUUCUCAUCAACUAAAGGAAGACAGUAUAUUUAUAAGGAGCAUUCAUGAAUAAGUCUACCUCUGUAUAUAAAUACAGUCUAUAACAAGGAACAGCGAAAUAUUUUUUCUUUCUGUGGAAUGUAUGGAAGAAACAUUGCA